AGAAGGGCAGCCUGAAGCCCAAAGCAAAGCCAGCUGCAAGGCCACCGUCCCUCCAGCCUCCUCGCAGCUCCCCGACAGUCCAGACCCUCUGCCUCCAGGACCGGAGGUGUCCCCCAGGAAACUCAGACCCAGGAUCUUUCCUCAAAGCCUCCUGGUCCCGGCGCCCGGCGGCCUGGGGGACAGGACACAGAGCUGUUCUCCAAGUCUCCUUUCUCCUCCAGCACGCUCUUCUCCCCACCAGGCACCUGCUGGUCCUGAUGUCAGUCACGGCCGGCAUGGAGUCCGGGCCCCCCAUCGGGGUCACUGCAGGGCCUGCCAGUGACCGUGGAGAGAUCCACAACUGGACUGACCUGUUCUACUUCUUCAACCACUCUCUGCCCGAGUGCCACGUGGAGCUCAGCGAGAGCACCAAGCGCGUGGCCCUCUUCGUCCUCUACCUGGCCAUCUUCGUGGUCGGGCUGGUGGAGAACCUCCUGGUGAUCUGUGUCAACUGGCGCGGCUCGGGCCGGGCGGGGCUGCUGAGACUCUACGUCCUCAACAUGGCCAUCGCGGACCUGGGCAUCGUCCUGUCUCUGCCCGUGUGGAUGCUGGAGGUCACGCUGGACUACACCUGGCUCUGGGGCAGCUUCUCCUGCCGCUUCACCCACUACUUCUACUUUGCCAACAUGUACAGCAGCAUCUUCUUCCUGGUGUGCCUCAGCAUCGACCGCUACGUCACCCUCACCAGCGCCUCUCCCUCCUGGCAGCGCCACCAGCACCGAGUGCGGCGGGCGGUGUGUGCGGGCGUCUGGGUGCUCGCGGCCACCAUUCCGCUGCCCGAGGUGGUCCACAUUCAGCUGAUGGAGAGCCCCGAGCCCAUGUGCCUCUUCCUGCCACCUUUUGAAACCUACAGCACAUGGGCCAUGGCGGUGACCCUGUCCACCACCAUCCUGGGCUUCCUGCUGCCCUUCCCUCUCAUCACAGUCUUCAAUGUGCUGACGGCCUGGCGGCUUAAGCGGGCAGGACGGCCUGAGAGCCGGCGCCACUGCCUGCUGGUGUGCGCCUACAUAGCCGUCUUUGUCGUCUGCUGGCUGCCCUACCACGUGAGCCUGCUGCUGCUCUCACUGCACGGGACCCACAUCUACCUCCACUGCUACCUGACCCACCUGCUCUACUUCUUCUAUGAUGUCGUCGACUGCUUCUCCAUGCUCCACUGCGUCCUCAACCCCAUCUUUUACAACUUCCUCAGCCCGAACUUCCGGGACCGGCUGCUGAGUGCUGUGGUCCAUUACCUUCCCAAGGCCCAGCCCAGGGCGGGCAGACGUGCCUCGUCUUCCUCCUCCUCCACGCAGCAUUCCAUCAUCAUCACCAAGGAGGGCACCGAGCUCACUGCAGCGGGCCCCCACCACCCCAGCCUGCACUUCCAGGCACCAAAUCCCUCACCCAUCUCCGCUCCUGGGUCUCUUACAGCCAGCUGAGGUGGGUUUCACUCUCCUCCCUCAUGA